GAAUGAACCAGGGAGUUUCAUUCUGUCUCACUGGAGAGGAGGCAGGGACAGACCCAGCAGUGCCCAUCUGAGCGAGAAGAGCAGACACUGUGCUCCUGAAAUCAUCCAGCAUGUUGCAAGGUCUCCUGACAGUCGGUCUCCUCCUCUCUCCUGUUCCAGUAAGUGCUAUAAAAGAACUCCCUGGGGUGAAGAAGUAUGAAGUGGUUUAUCCUGUAAGACUUCAUCCACUACGUAAAAGAGAGGUCAAACAGCCAGAGCAACAGGAACAAUUUGAAACUGAAUUAAAGUAUAAAAUGACAAUUAAUGGAAAAAUUGCUGUGCUUUAUUUGAAAAAAAACAAGAACCUCCUUGCACCAGGCUACACAGAAACAUAUUACAAUUCCACUGGAAAGGAGAUCACCACAAGCCCACAAAUUAUGGAUGAUUGUUACUAUCAAGGACAUAUCAUUAAUGAAAAGGAUUCUGACGCUAGCAUCAGCACAUGUAGCGGUCUAAGGGGCUACUUCAGUCAGGGGAAUCAAAGAUACUUUAUUGAACCUUUAAGCCCCAUACAUCGGGAUGGACAGGAGCAUGCACUCUUCAAGUAUGACCCAGAUGAAAAGAAUUAUGACAGCACCUGUGGGACGGAUGGUGUGUUGUGGGCCCAGGAUUUGCAGCAGAACAUUGCCCGACCUGCCACCAGACUAGUGAAAUUGAAUGAUGGGAAGGUUCAGAAACAUGAGAAAUACAUAGAAUAUUAUUUGGUCCUGGAUAAUGGUGAGUUUAAAAAGUACAAUGAGAAUCAAGAUGAGAUCAGAAAGAGGGUGUUUGAGAUGGCUAAUUAUGUCAACAUGCUUUAUAAAAAGCUCAAUACUCAUGUGGCCUUAGUUGGUAUGGAAAUCUGGACUGACGAGGAUAAGAUAAAGAUAACCCCAAAUGCAAGCUUCACCUUGGAAAAUUUUUCUAAAUGGAGGGGGAGUGUUCUCCCAAGAAGAAAGCAUCAUGAUAUUGCUCAGUUAAUCACAGCAACAGAAUUUGCUGGAAUGACUGUGGGUCUUGCAUUUAUGUCUACAAUGUGUUCUCCUUAUCAUUCAGUUGGAGUUGUUCAGGAUCACAGUGACAGUCUUCUUAGAGUUGCAGGGACAAUGGCACAUGAAAUGGGCCACAACUUUGGAAUGUUUCAUGACAACUAUUCUUGCAAGUGUCCUUCUACAAUAUGUGUGAUGGACAAAGCACUGAGCUUCUAUAUACCCACAGACUUCAGUUCCUGCAGCCGUGUUAGCUAUGACAAGUUUUUUGAAGAUAAAUUAUCAAAUUGCCUCUUUAAUGCUCCAUUGCCUACAGAUAUCAUAUCCACCCCAAUCUGUGGGAACCAGAUGGUGGAAAUGGGAGAGGACUGUGACUGUGGGACGUCUGAGGAAUGUACCAAUAUUUGCUGUGAUGCUAAGACAUGUAAAAUCAAAGCAGGUUUUCAAUGUGCAUCAGGAGAAUGUUGUGAAAAAUGCCAAUUUAAAAAGGCUGGGAUGGUGUGCAGACCAGCAAAAGAUGAGUGCGACUUGCCUGAAAUGUGUGACGGUAAAUCUGUUAGUUGUCCUGAUGAUAGAUUCCGUGUCAAUGGCUUCCCUUGCCAUCACGGGAAGGGCUACUGCUUGAUGGGGGCGUGCCCCACACUGCAGGAGCAGUGCACUGAGCUGUGGGGACCAGGAACUGAGGUUGCAGAUCAGUCAUGUUACAACAGGAAUGAAGGUGGGUCAAAGUACGGGUACUGUCGCAGAGUGGAUGACACACUCAUUCCCUGCAAAGCAAACGAUACCAUGUGUGGGAAGUUGUUCUGUCAAGGUGGGUCGGAUAAUUUGCUCUGGAAAGGACGGAUAGUGACUUUCCUGACAUGUAAAACAUUUGAUCCUGAAGACACAAGUCAAGAAAUAGGCAUGGUGGCCAAUGGAACUAAAUGUGGCCAUAACAAGGUUUGCAUUAAUGCAGAAUGUGUGGAUAUUGAGAAAGCCUACAAAUCAACCAAUUGCUCAUCUAAAUGCAAAGGACAUGCUGUGUGUGACCAUGAGCUCCAGUGUCAAUGUGAGGAAGGAUGGAGCCCUCCUGACUGCGAUGACUCCUCAGUGGUCUUCCUUCUCAGCAGGUCCCUGCUCUCUGCUGCAGACUUCUCCAUUGUGGUUGCGGUGCUGUUCCCAAUGGCGGUCAUUUCUCUGGUGGGUGCUAUAGUAAUCCGCCAACAGAGCUCCAGAGAAAAGCAGAAGAAAGAUCAGAGGCCACUAUCUACCACUGGCACCAGGCCACACAAGCAGAAGAGGAAACCCCAGACGGUAAAGGCUGUUCAACCACAAGAGAUGAGUCAGAUGAAGCUCCAUGUGUAUGAUCUGCCAGUAGAAGGCAAUGAGCCCCCAGCCUCUUUUCUAAUUACAAAGCCAGAUUUUCCACCACCGCCAAUUCCUGCACCUAUAUCAUCUUCUUUCCUUGACUCAAAUCCAAAAGCAUGAGGCAACAGCUAAGCAAGAACUGAUGGCUAAAUUAUCAACUUGGAAAACUGGAAAAUCUGGAUGGCAGAGAAAUACACUUAUUUUUCACUAGUAUUUGCUCUUGACUCAAGGAGGUUAACAUUUUCUGAAUCGUGUUAGACUUUGAAGAGACUAAAGAAAAUUUUCAAGAGGGACAUAUGUCUAAGAACCUUUGCAUGAGUUUAAAAUUUCAAUUAUCCAUUCUUAUAAGAAGGAAAGUGAUUGUAAAGAAAUAUCUGGGAAGUUAAAAUCUUUAAUAGGAAUUGAUUCAUUCUCUAAUGAAAACAAAAUAUAAAAACAUUAAUCUUGGAGGAAUAAGAAAAAUUGUACAUCCAUUAAAUGAGUAGCAACAUCUUGAUUGCUUUAACCAUUAACUUGUCAAAUUAGAAUCUCAGUUAAGAAAAUGAUGUAAACAUUCUGUUUUGUGGAUCUCUUUCCUACAUUAGCUUCUGAAAUCAUUACUAGCUAUACCAUGUGAGGUUUUCUAUAAUUUAGUAAAACUGUGAAUUAAAAAAUGUUUUAUCAUAUAUAUUUGUAUAAUUAAUUAGUGGCAUGGUUAAAGUGGUUUUCACUUUUUAAAUGGACAAAAUUUCAGUUAAAUUAAUCGGAUAAACCAGAGGUUGCAAACUGGUGACCUGUAGGCCAUGUUUGCACUGCAAAUAUAUUUUAUUUGGUCUGAAUGAUAUUUGACACAUAGUACUUUUAAAUGUUUUGAAUGUGUUGCUAAUAUUUAAAAAUCGAGAGAUCUUGCAUAAACAUCCAGAUUCUCAGCUUUGUGAAUGUAAUCAAAAAGUAAUCCGAUCCUUUGUCAACAAUAGAAUUACACUGCCCAUAGCAACCGUAGCUUAGUUGAUGGGUAACAUAGCAAACACUAUUGGUUGCCUACCAAAUAAUCCCCUUCCUUUCUUGCUUUUAGAACCCUAAUUUUGUUCACCUGCCCACUUCUAGGAAAAAAUAUCCUAUCUCCAUUUCAUGGAUAAAUACCUAUCACUUUAAGUCAAUUAUAAUAACCUCAUUUUUUCCUUGCUAGUAGUUGACUUGGAGAUGAUUUUAUUUUCCUCCCCAUGCCCUUUUUUUUUUCCCAAUAAGACAAGAGAGGAAUUAUGUUAGGACAUUUCUGGCAAAGUUUUCCGGAUAUGGGCAUCUGAAUACUCUACCUGGUACUGCUGCACUCCACAUUGUGAUUAUGAAGGCUGAAGAAGAUAGAUAGAGCAGAAAGACGAAAAGAAUAAAACCUGGCCUUUCAAUGAUGUCAUUGAACUGGCAGGCAGAUUAAUGACUGCUGGAGUUACCUCACACUUUCUGGGUACUCCUUGUUAUAUGAGACAUACAUUUUCCUUGUUGUUUAGGCCAUUUGAGUUGGAUUUUCUCUCAUUUUCAACAGAGAUCAUCCUAACUGGUAAAGUAGUUGUUUCCAUAAUCAGGGAACAUGUUUUAGUUCAUCUUCACAGCUACAGUUUUUCUUGUAUUUGUCUGCUUCACCAGUUUCUAUCACUCACCUCGUCCCCACAGACCUGUCUCUUCAUGAGGAACUUUAUGGUUCAUUUACCCUUGCAAGUAUGAGGUUCUAGAUGAGUUCACUCUGGCCUCAAAAGUGAAGCUCAAUCCUCAGGAAAUCCAGAAUCCACUGAUCAAAUCACUGUCAAGGAUAGAGGUUUUCUUUCCAUGUGGCAUUUGCACAAGAACAACUUAAAAAGUAGAGUUUUAUCUGCCCUGUGAUGUUUCAGAAGACCCUCCCCUCAUCUGGAAAUAAAUCCCUAUUUCCUGGAAAGCCA